AUGAUAGAAGAAAAAAGUGAAUUAAAUGAAGCAAACAUGAAGAAACAGCCUGAAGAUACUUUCCAAGAACCAGAUCUCGAAAAUAAUAUGGUUCCUAUGAAUGAUAAAGAAACAGCUAAUUCGAUGAAAAUUCUCGAGAAAGAAGCCUCAUUUCUAUUUAAAUGCUCCGCAAUUUCUGUUGGUUUUUCGUGGGCCAUUGCACUAGAUUUUAUUUUCGAUGAGUAUCUUCAUUCAGCUAAAGUUCAAUAUGCAUUUGGAAACGGUGUUCAACUAGCUCUGAUAGCAGCUUUUUCCAUAGUUAUCAACAUUAUAACCAUAGCAAGUUUGAUUAGAUUAAUUGAAAAAGAUGGUAAAUUUAAAUUGCCUAAGUUAUUAAAAGUAUUAAGUAAUAUAGAUGCGUCUGUAGUCAAUUGGACAUGUGGUGUUUUCGCAACAUUAUUAUAUAUUAUUCUCAGUGCUUUCGAGCAAAUUAAAGGUCGUGUCAAUCUAUAUCAGUUCAUAGUUGCAAGUAUAUUGUACCAUCUAGGGAUUUCUGAACAAUUUAUAAACAACAAGUUAUUUUUUGAUGUACCCGAAAACGUUACUAAGUAUGUCUAA